UAUAUCAUGUCUAUCAUCCUAUGAUAAAUAAAAGUCAACAUUAGAAUAUUCCUCCUCACCCCAAUUCAAUGGUUUUUAAAGCCCAGCUCUGACACUGACGCUGAACAAGUCUUGAUCGGCGUAGAACAUGUCAUGAGUCUGAAAUUACUUAUGGUGGUUGGAGUUUUAUCCAGAGUAUCUCAUCAGAAUGCAUUUACCUGGUCAGAGUCAGGAGUCGUUGGCGCGACAUGGAAGGCCGGAGACUCUUCAGAUUGUUGUGUAGACGUUCCGAACGUUUAUACUUAUAUACAUGGGAAGUUAACAGCAGAAGUUUUUGGGUUGAGUGCAGCCUUAUUUCAGUUUCUAGGGAGCCAAGAGGAGAGAUUUAGUGGCUUAAGUAUCCAAUGAAGAAAAAGGCCACCUUUUUCUCUGUUGCAGUUUUGUGUUGGUCUCUGGCACUAUUUGCUGCAGCACAAACUACAUAUCCUAAUGAAGUUAAAGCCCUGGAGAAAAUUAGAAAGAGUCUCGGAGACCCUUUCGGGAAACUAAAUAACUGGAAUCGUGGUGAUCCAUGUAACUCAAACUGGACAGGAGUUAUCUGCUAUGAGAAUGCAAGUGCUGAUGGGUACUUGCACGUAUUGCAGCUGGAAUUGUUAAACAUGAAUCUUACAGGAAGUUUAGCUCCAGAAAUUGGACAACUACAAAAUCUUACAAUUUUGGAUUUCAUGUGGAACAAGAUAACUGGCACCAUUCCCAAGGAGAUCGGAAACAUAACAACUCUUAAACUCUUGCUCCUCAAUGGCAAUGACAUAUCAGGUUCAUUGCCAGAAGAGAUCGGUUAUCUUUCCAAUUUGAACAGACUCCAAAUCGAUGAGAAUAACAUAUCAGGGCCUCUGCCAAAGUCGAUUGCUAAUUUGACGGCACUGAAGCAUCUCCACAUGAAUAACAAUUCAAUAGGUGGUGAGAUACCAAAAGAGCUUUCCAGACUUCCAAAGUUGGUUCACAUCUUAUUGGAUAAUAAUAACUUGACAGGCGAACUUCCUUCUGACAUAUCACAAAUACCAAAUUUGCGUAUUGUGCAACUUGAUAACAAUCCCUUCACUGGAAGCCAGAUUCCUAGAUCAUAUACAAACAUCAGUAAGUUAUAUAAAUUGAGUCUAAGGAAUUGCGGCUUGCUGGGAUCUAUACCAGACUUUGGUAGCAUACCUUCUUUGAUGGUUUUGGAUCUGAGCCAUAAUAAUCUGUCAGGCGAAAUUCCAUCAUCUUCUCUCUCAACAAACAUUACUACCAUUGAUCUAUCGUACAAUAAUCUUAGUGGAUCAAUACCACGAAGCUUUGCAGCAUUGCCUCAACUUCAAAGAUUAUCACUUAAUAACAAUAAGCUCAGUGGUGCUGUACCAGAUGGCAUUGGGUCGAAUGUAAUCUUUGGUCCUAAUACAACACUGCUACUCGAUUUCCAAAACAAUAACCUUACCAAUGUAAAUGCUUCUACAAUUGUAACAAGUCCAAAUAUCACCAUGUGGUUGGGGGGUAACCCUGUUUGCAGCCAAAAUACUAUAAGAGCUAGUUUCUGUGGUACUCAAAACAGAACUGAAGACACUGAUAGAAACACUAUGAACAGUGUUAGUGCAUGCUCUCCGAAUGGCUCUACAGCUCCCUAUUAUGAGUAUAUUCAAGAAGCUGAUUCUUUCUGUGUGGCCCCCUUUGAAGUCGGAAUGCGUUUAAAGAGUCCUAGUUUCUCUCGGUUCCCCGCUUAUUUCAAAAGAUUUAAGGUGUACAUGACAUCUGGAUUGAAUUUAAGUUUAUAUCAAUUUGCCAUAAUUAAUUAUAUCUGGGAACCGGGUCCAAGAUUGGCGAUGAACCUGAAGUUCUUCCCACCUAAGAUUCCAGGAGUAUAUACAUUCAAUGACAGUGAGAUUCAACGAAUACGACAGUUAUUUGCUGAAUGGAAAAUUCAUGAUGACGAUUUCUUUGGGCCACAUGAAUGGCUAAAUAUUACACUCAAGGGGCCAUAUGAACGAUUGAAUCCUGAAUCUGAUGGAGGAUCUGGCCUAAGCAAAGGUGCUCUAGCAGGAGUUUUGGUUGGUGUCAUUUUGGUCACAGCUGUUAUUUCUUCAAUUGUUGUAGUUAUUGUUUUGAAGAAGCGUAUGAAGCACAAUAAUACUGCUUCCAGAAAAAAACUGCUAGAAGCAAGAAAGCGAGUUAAAGUAUCAGACGUCAGAGAUUUUAAUUUUGAUGAGAUGGCAUUAGCGACAAAUGACUUCAGCACCUCCAUGCAAAUUGGGCAAGGUGGCUAUGGUAAGGUUUACAAGGGCAUUUUUGCUGAUGGUACGAUUGUAGCUAUAAAGCGUGCACAGGAGGGGUCCUUGCAAGGAGAGAAAGAAUUCUCCACAGAAAUAGAAUUGUUAUCCAGAGUGCACCAUCUAAACCUAGUUUCACUUGUGGGCUACUGCGACGACGAAGGCGAGCAGAUGUUGGUUUAUGAAUACAUGGCAAAUGGAACUCUACGGGAACAUCUCUCUGCAAGCUCCAAAAAGCCUCUAAACUUUGUCCAGCGCCUUCGCAUUGCUUUGGGAGCAGCUAGAGGGAUCCUCUAUCUCCAUAAUGAAGCCAACCCUCCCAUAUUCCAUCGUGACAUAAAGGCAAGCAACAUUUUAUUGGAUCAUAAGUUUAAUGCGAGAGUUGCAGAUUUUGGCCUGUCGAAGCUUGCACCAUUACCCGAUCUUGAAGGUUCAGCUCCAGGUCAUGUAUCAACUGUAGUGAAGGGUACUCCGGGCUACCUCGAUCCAGAAUACUUCUUGACUCACAAGCUUACUGAUAAGAGUGAUGUUUAUAGUUUUGGUGUGGUACUCCUUGAGCUUUUGACAGGCAUGCAUCCCAUUCAACAUGGAAAGAACAUUGUCAGGGAGGUUAAAAUGGCAUAUGAGUCUGGAAUGAUGCUAUCUAUGAUCGAUCAGAGGAUGGGUUCAUACCCUUCAGAAAGCUUGGAGCCAUUUGCCAAGCUGGCAUUGUCUUGUUGCAACGAUGAAACAGAUGCACGCCCUUCCAUGGCUGAGGUGGUCCACAAGCUUGACAAGAUCUUACAGUUUACACCAGGACUAGAUACCACAUUCAUGCAGCCUGGUAAAAUGGAUGCUCUAGCAGAAAAAGGGCCAUACAUAGUUGAGAUGACAAGUCAAAAUCCAUAUGUGUCUUCUGAUAUUCCUGGAAGUGAACUUGUGAGUGGAACCAUUCCUGAUAUUACACCACGCUAAGGCAGCUUAUUUUUAGCUUGCAAUGAAGAAAUUGGAUAUGCCUAUGGUCAUUAUCCUUUUGGAAUGUGCCUGUCAGCAAGGGAUUCAUGAAACUAAGUACCCAUCACACAGUUGUGUUGGGGAUUGAAUGUGAACACUUACUCCAUAUACUGAUUGGGAUUCUUGUAAUAAUUGGACUUGUGAAUGCCAAAUUCCUAGUGGGAAAACAAGAAACUUGCCUAGAUUCUGUAAGUACUCUGUGUUAUUUUUAUUGUUGUAUUAUUGUAAACACAUUGUAAAUUAUAAUUCUGGAUCCUGUUUUAUACAGGACCGUAUAGGCCUGGCAGACUAUAACUCCUGUAUUUUUAUUGCAUAUAUGAAUAUUUUUUCUUUAUA